AUGACUAGCCUAGAAGCCGCUGUGGAGAACAAGCUGGUCCUAAAGAUCACGUGCCUCUGCCUCCUGAAUGCUGGGAUUAAAGGUGCGCAGAACCACAGCAGACCUUCAGGGCAAACUUCUUCAACUUCCGACUCACAACCCAUUUGGGCUGUACCGCAGAUCAACUGUGAUGUCAAAGCUGGAAAGAUCAUCAAUUCUGAGUUCAUAGUGAGAUGCCCAGCAGGAUGCCAGGACCCCCAAUACCGCGUUUAUGGGACUGGCAUAUACGCGUCUUACUCCAGCGUGUGUGGCGCCGCGGUUCACAGUGGUGUGCUGGAUAAUUCAGGAGGCAAAAUACUUGUUCGGAAAGUUGCAGGGCAGUCCUGGUACAAAGGAAGCUAUGCCCAUGGUGUUCAGUCUUUAUCGCUGCCCAGAUGGAGAGAAUCCUUCGUCAUCUCAGAGAGUAAACCCCAAAAGGGUGUAACCUACCCGUCGACUCUUACAUACUCGUCAUCCAAAACCCCAGCUGGCAAAGCAGGUGAGGCCACAAAAGCCUAUGAGAACCCGUCUAUUAUAGGGACAACCACACAACCUGUCACCCCGACACAGACUCUAGCUAUCACAGUAGCUGAGGCCUUCUACAGAGCCACAUCAAAGCCAUUCACAGAAUAUGUAACCAGCAGCCCCAGACCCCAACCCGUGGGACACAGGAGCCAGGAGAUGGGUCUGUGGUCCCCCACCGCCUACACGAGCAGCCCACACAGUCCUGGCUCCUGUCCUGGAUCUGUGCCCAAGGAAGAGCUCAGCACACAGUCUUCGGAGCCAGCGCCCCAGGGAGAUCCAAACUGCAGAGUUGACUUGGCAUUCUUAAUUGAUGGGAGCACCAAUAUCGGCAAGCGCCGCUUCCAGAUCCAGAAGCAGUUCUUAGCGGACGUUGUCCAGGCUCUUGACGUUGGCCCUGCUGGUCCUCUCGUGGGUGUUGUUCAGUACGGAGACAACCCCGCUACCCAGUUUAACCUCAAAACUCACAUGAAUUCUCAAGAUCUGAAGACAGCUAUAGAGAAAAUUACCCAGAGAGGAGGCCUUUCUAAUGUAGGCCGAGCCAUCUCCUCUGUAACCAAGAACUUCUUUUCCAAAGCAAAUGGGAACAGGGGCAGCGCUCCCAAUGUGGCUGUGGUCAUGGUGGACGGCUGGCCCACAGACAAAGUGGAAGAGGAAUCGCGAGUUGCGAGAGAGUCCGGGAUCAAUAUCUUCUUCAUCACUGUCGAGGGGGCUGCGGAAAGGGAGAAGCACUAUGUGACGGAGCCCAACUUUGCCAGCAAGGCGGUGUGCAGAACGAAUGGCUUCUACUCCUUCAACGUGCAGAGCUGGCUCAGCCUUCACAAGACCGUGCAGCCCCUGGUGAAGCGGAUCUGUGAUACAGACCGCCUGGCCUGCAGCAAGACCUGUUUAAACUCUGCCGACAUCGGCUUUGUCAUUGAUGGCUCGAGUAGCGUGGGGACCAGCAACUUCCGAACUGUUCUGCAGUUCGUGGCCAACCUCAGCAAGGAGUUUGAGAUUUCAGACACCGACACGCGCAUUGGGGCCGUGCAGUACACCUACGAGCAGCGGCUGGAAUUUGGGUUCGACAAGUAUAGCAGCAAAAACGACAUCCUCAGUGCCAUCAAGAGUGUGGGGUACUGGAGUGGGGGCACCAGCACAGGGGCUGCCAUCCAGUAUGCCCUCGAACAACUCUUCAAGAAGUCCAAACCCAACAAGAGGAAGAUAAUGAUCCUUAUCACUGACGGCAGGUCCUACGAUGAUGUGCGGAUCCCGGCCAUGGCUGCCUACCGGAAGGGGGUGAUCACAUAUGCAAUAGGCAUUGCGUGGGCUGCUCAGGACGAGCUGGAGGUGAUUGCCACUCACCCUGCCAGGGACCACUCCUUCUUUGUGGAUGAGUUUGACAACCUCUACAAAUUCGUCCCCAGGAUCGUCAAGAAUAUUUGUACAGAGUUCAACUCACAGCCUCGGAACUGA